AAGAGCGAGGGAAGCUGUCAACUUCUGGGGCCACUAAGAAGAAAGAGAAGAAGAAGAAAAAGGAAAAGAAAGACAAGAAGGACAAAGAGACCUCCAGAAGUCCCCUGGUGGAGAAGCAAAGCCUUGGAGCCAUUCUGAAGUGAGGUGCAGGCUCUCCCAGAGCACCGGGACAUUGCAGGGAAACCUGCCUUCUUCCCUUCACCCAGGCAUGGGCAGGCGGGGCAUGGCCAGGAGUAGGAAGGACAGAGGAACCCAGGAAACACAGCCUGAGCAGGGACUUCUGCCUUCUUCCUCCUUUCUCCGUGGCCCAUCCCCUCUCCCAGCACCGGGGCUUGCUGAUAUGGACCUAGACCAAAAGAUGCAGGCUAGAAGUGAGGGCUCCUUUAAGAAAGGGAAGAGCCCAUGCAUGCUUGGUGACACCCCUUGGCCUCUCAUGGGUACACUGCCCGGCAAGCUGCAGCCACUCUCCAAAGGCCCAGCUUCCCGAAUCCAUCAGAUCUUUGCUGACGUGGAGAAAAUCUUAGGCAGAGCCCCAGUCCAACGCAGGACAGAAUUAGGUGAUCAGCAGGGUCUGGAGGAACCCCAGAAGCCGACAGAGAAAAUCUACCUGGGAUUUUCGGACCCUGAAAUAGAAGAGCUGGAAAUGAGGACCAGACAGCAGAAACCUGGCGCUCCGGGCCCUGAGAACCCCUGGCCCCUCCAGAGUGGGCAGGAUGUGUUAGAAAGCAGGAGCCAGGCCUCCAUCCACUCAAAGCUGUCUGAAGCCGUCAAGGGCCCGCAGCUGAAAGGGGAGCAGCACAGCCAGAACAUGGCCAAACUGAGCUCCACUGGCCCUGGGGGGGGACAAAGGCCAGAGCCCCAUUCCCUUGCCAUCCUCUGAGGGGGAGCCUUCCCUGUCCCCUUGUUCUUCUGACCACAUGUUGCCUAUCAGGAAGAGCAAGCUGUUCUUGUUAGAUAGCAGCCCAGCCGAAGACCUGAGCUGGCAGGGUGUUUAUGGGGAAGGUGGGAGUGUGGGCAGAGGGAGGAGGAGGCGAGAGCCCCCAGGAUUGUGGAUGGGGCAGGUCUCUAAUCUUGUCAACAAGGACACUCCCAGGAGCUGCAAGAAAACAGAGCCCAGUGACGCUGAGGCUCCAGGGGCCUCGGCUGAAGAUCCACCUCAGGGCCUCUUCCUAGUACCACCUGCUACCCUGGUGUCAGAACCAGCUCAGAAUACCCCUUCAGGGAGUGCCCCUGGGGAGUCUCCUACCAGUGAGAAGAGACAACCCCCAGGGUCUCCAGAGUCCCCUGAGGAGGACAGGAAGUCUGGUGGGUCUGGGCCUGAUUUGGAGAGCAGCAGCAGCCUGGCCUCUCCCCUGGGCUCUCAGAUCCUGGGUGAGGUGAACAACUUCCCUUGGGACCUGCAGAGCUCUCAGGGAUCUGAGCGGGGCGAGGGUCCCUCAGGCCCCUGGCUCAGAGAUCCACACUCCAGCCCCUUCCUAGUGCCCCAGUUGUCCCACAUGCAGAGCUCUGCUGAUGAGCAGUCAGAGAGUGAAGACUACUCUGAGGACCAGAGGUUCUACCAGCACAUCCUGCAGAUGGUCAAGAUCUCCAGGCGGCUGGAGGGCCUGGGGCUGCCCGAGAGCAUGCCGGAGAGGCCGAGCAAAGACAUUGCAAGCAUGGUCUGUUGCGUGGCACCUGAGUCCUCCAGGAUGUCUAGUGAGGGUGAACAUGAGGCCAUCAGAGCCGUGGAGAGGGACUCAAGGUUUCUGGCUUGGAGGUCAGAGCUGCUGGAGCAUCCUCCGGAGGCGGCCCUUGCCCCUGCUUGUCAGGAGGCCUCUCAGCAAGCCUGUUUCCAGCCAAGCAGCAGCCCCCUCAGGCAGGGGCCAGUCGAGCUGAGUUCCAACAGAGGGCUCACUGCAGAGCCAGGCAAGAUGCCGCUUCUCAGCCAGGCCGUGGGCCCCUCAUUAGCCCCAGUCCAUACUCCUCUUGGAGGCCUGGCUCCAUUAAGAGGUCUUGUGGAUGCCCCGCCCUCUGCUCUUCGUGGAUCUCAAAGUGUGAGCCUGGGGAGCUCAGUGGAGACCGGUCAGCUUGGAGAACUCAUGCUGCCUUCACAGGGUCUCAAGACUUCUGCUUAUACAAAGGGUCUCUUGGGUUCCAUCCAUGAGGACACGAAUGCUCUCAACCUCUUGGCUUUAGGGGAGGAGACUAACGAGGAGGAUGAAGUGGAAAGUGGCAACCAGAGUGUCCGCAGCUCAAGUGAUCUUCUUAAGAACCUGCACCUGGACAUUGGGGCACUGGUGGGUGACUUUGAGUAUGAGGAGUCUCCAAGAACAAGCCAGCCAGAGGAGAAGAAGGACAUUUCUCUUGAUUCGGAUGCUGCCGGACCCCCUACUCCCGGCAAGCUCUUCAGCCAAGGUGCAGACAGCAGCCUGAGCAGUGCCGAUGACAAAGGGCGACAAGGAAGAGGGGCACAUUGGCUCCCAGGAAAAGAAAAGAAUGAGAAGAGUGAUCCGAGGACUUCCAGGAGUCUGGUGACCCCUGGGGUGGACCCUGGGGGCGAUCAGCCUGCCAAAGCUGAUAAAAAAGAAGCACCAGAGGACAUGGUGGAUGCAGGAGAGGAGGGUUCUAGGAAGGAAGAGGCAGCAAAGGAGCCAAAGAGGGAGGCUUCUGUCCUGAAAGAGAGCAGAUCAGACGGCAGUGAAGAGUCGGAGAUUAGUGAACACGUGAAGGAACCACAGCUCUCAGACUCCACUGCUUCUGACCCCAAGUCCUUCCUUGGCCUGGACUUUGGUUUUCGCAGCCGGAUCUCGGAGCACCUGCUGGACGUUGAUGUGCUUUCCCCAGUCCUGGAUGGAGCAUGCUGGGAGGUCCAGGGGUUGGGAAGAGAAGACAAAGAUGACAGCCAGUCCAGCCGAGAUGAGCUGAAGAGCAAGCAGUCCAAAGGCUCAGAGAGGUUAUCUCCUCCACUGCUGCAUGGGGAGCGGCUCCAGAGUCCCCUUCACAGCCAGGCCACUAAAGACGGGCCUCUGCAGGCCUCUGAGGGGCAGCUCGAGCGGAAGGGGGCAGAGGAGCCUGGGGAGGACUCUGCAGGCAGCACCAUCCCACCUGUCUCCCCACAGAGGGAGGAGAUCCCAAGCCCACCUGCUGCCCAUGAGAGGGGCAAGGAACAGCACUCCCAGGCCGAGGAGCCCGAGGAGAAGGGGGUGGUCAGCCCCACCCCGCCAAUCUCUCCAGAGGUGCAAUCUUCAGAGCCUGUGGCUCCCCCUACACAGCUCUCAGAGGCUGCACUCAAGACCAUGCAAGAGGCAGUGGCUCAGGAACUUGAGCAAGACCAGAGGCAGCUCCUGGAGUCGAAGCGAGAGAAGAUACAGCAGCUGCGGGAGAAGCUGUGGCAGGAGGAGGAGCAGGAGAUCCUGCAGCUUCAGCAGCAGAAGGAGAAGGCGCUCAGUUCCCUGAAGGAGCAACUGCAGAGAGCCACUGAGGAAGAGGAGACUCGGAUGAGAGAGGAGGAGAGCCGGAGGCUGUCGCGGCUCCGGGCCCGGGUCCAGUCCAGCACAGAAGCACAUGAGGUCCAAAUCCGGGCCGAGCAGGAGGCUUCCCUGCAGAGGCUGAGAGAAGAGCUGGAGUCUCUGCAGAAGGCCGAGAGGGCCAGCCUGGAGCAGAGAAACAGGCAGAUGCUGGAGCAGCUCAAGGAAGAGAUGGAGGCUUCGGAGAAGAGAGAGCAGGCUGCCCUGAACGCUGAGAAGGAGAAGGCUUUGCAGCAGCUGAGGGAGCAGCUGGAGGGGGAGAGGAAGGAAGCAGUGGCAGCACUGGAAAAGGAGCACAGAGCUGAGCUAGAGCGGCUGUCUUCCUCGCUGGAGGCCAAGCACAGACAGGUGGUCUCCAGCCUCCAGAAGAAGAUGGAGGAAGCUCAGCAGAAAGAGGAGGCCCAGCUGCAGGAGAGCCUCGGGCGGGCGGAGCAGAGAGCUCAUCAGAAAGUUCACCAAGUGCUUGAGUAUGAGCAAGAGCUCAGUGGCCUCCUGAGAGAGAAGCGCCAGGAGGUGGAAAGGGAACACGAGAGGAAACUGGACAAAAUGAAGGAGGAGCACCGGCAAGUGGUGGCUGAGGCCAGGGAGCAGUAUGAAGCCGAGGAGAGGAAGCAGCGGGCUGAACUCCUGGGGCACCUGACUGGAGAGUUGGAGCGCCUGCGCAGGGCCCACGAGCGAGAACUGGAGACCAUGAGGCAGGACCAGGACAGGCAGCUCGAGGACUUGCGGCGUCGGCACCGAGAACAGGAAAGGAAACUCCAAGAGUUAGAGGUGGAACUUGAAACCAGAACCAAAGAUGUCAAGGCCACAUUGACUCAGCUGGACAUCCAGGAGGAGACUGCCCGGAAGGAGAAGCAGCAGCUCCUUGAUGUGCAGAGAAAGGUGGCGCUGGAGAGCGAGGAAGCCACAGCCACCCAUCAGCACCUGGAGGAGGCAAAGAAGGAGCACACCCACUUGCUGGAGUCAAACCGGCAGCUCCGAAGAAUUCUCGAUGAGCUUCAGGCCCGCAAGUUGGAGCUGGAGUCCCAGGUGGAUCUGCUGCAGACCCAGAGUCAGAGGCUGCAGAAGCGUGUCAGUGACCUGGAGGCCGAAGCUCAGAGGAAGCGGGACACAUUGAAAGAGCUGGCAGUUGAGGAGAGUAAUGCUUCCGCACGUCUUGAACCAGAUCUCCACAUUGAGGACCUGAGGAAAUCUCUUGGGACAAACCAGACCAAAGAGGUAUCGUCUUCUCUCUCCCAAAGCAAGGAAGAGGCUGACUUGUCCUUGGACAGCGUCCGGCACUACCUCUCUGCUGAGGGGAUAGCCCUCCGCAGUGCCAGGGAGUUCCUCGUGCGACAGUCACGCUCCAUGCGGAGGCGGCAGACGGCUCUGAGAGCUGCCCAGCAGCAUUGGCGCCAUGAGCUGGCCAGUGCUCAGGAGGCGGCCAAAGACCCGCCAGGCACCAAGGCCCUGGAAGACAUGCGCAAGGACCUGGAGGAGGAGACCAGGCACCUGGAUGAGAUGAAGUCGGCCAUGCGGAAAGGCCACGACCUGUUGAAGAAGAAAGAGGAGAAGCUAAAUCAGCUCGAGUUCUCUCUCCGGGAAGAGGCGUCAGAUGAGGACACUCUGAGAGGAACCCCGGCCAAGAAGGUGGUGACCUUUGACCUCAGUGACAUGGAAGACACGAGCAGUGAAAGUUCCGAAUCCUGCCCCCUGCCUCAUGUCACCCCGACCCCAGGUCCCGCCUCCCCCAACAAGAUCCACUACUUGAGCAGCUCCCUGCAGCGGAUCAGCAGCCAGCUCAACGGUGUCCUCAGCAUGCUGGGCAGCCUCAGCACUCAGCCACCACCUCCGCUCUUCACUUCCACGCCAGCGCAGACUGCCUCCUGGUCCCCCAGGAGCAUCCCCAUUCCCACCUACCCGUCCCGCGUCUCAGCCUCGUUCUCUGCUACACCCACGUCCACCCAGUGGGCCUGGGACCCGGGGCUGGGCCCGAGGCUCUCCUCCUCUGUGGCUCAAACUGUGGAUGACUUCCUGGUGGAGAAGUGGCGCAAGUAUUUUCCAACUGGUGUCCCGUUCCUCAGCAGUGGCCCUCCCCCUCUGGAGAACAGGCUGGGUUACGUGUCUGCCAGUGAGCAGCUCCGCCUCCUGCAGCGUUCCUCUCCCCGUCCCCAAGUCCCCGAAGCGGGCAGCACCAACUUUCAGGGCAUGAUCGACGCUAACCGAAAGUGGCUAGAACGUUACAAGAAUGACCCCAAAUUACAUCUCUUCUCCUCGGUGCCCAAGCCAACAGCCCCUUUGGGCCUCCUGCAGCUGGGCCUGGAUGAGAACAACAGACUGAAGUUGUAUCAUUACUGAGGCCCUGAGUGGCGGUGUCUGGGGCACUGGCCUCACCUGCACCCAGACCAAGUGCCUGAGGAGCUGCCUGCACUUUAUUCCCUCUGCUAAAGCAUUCUCCUGUCCCCUCUGCUGCCUGUGCCACUCAGAACUUGGAGGAGCCAUGGGGGCUGGUAAAACGGAUGGUCCGACUGGAAACAGUAGCAGGUAUCGGAGCAGUUGCCACCAAAGGCCAACGGACUCCCUUAGGGGCUGAGUUGGUCCCUUGGGUCUUCAGGGGGCUCCCACGGUUCUGAGCAUGGUCCUUCAUUCACCAGAGCAAAGCCCGCAGCACGUCUGCACCCUGGGGCCAGGCUCUGUCUCUCCAAUACCUCAGCCUCGUAGGCAUCAGACCUUGUUUUCUGUUUCUUUUAAUGUCCCCUUUCUUGAGCACUCUGUCUCCCCUUUAACUCUCUCAGGAUUGGCCCAGAGCCCUGCGGAGGUUGCAGGAGGCUGGGCCCCAGAAGUUCUGCUGCCUCUCUUCCCUGUGCUGGCACCUGCUUCCUCAGGGCCCCUCCCCGUGCCAUCCUAGCUAGAUUCUCAGGUCUCAAGCACACAAUUUUCAGGAAGCCAACAAGCCAUAGGAAAAGACUGGGAUGGUUUCUCACCCUCAGCUUGUUUUCUCCUCCUGGACCACCUUGGGUCUGUUCAUGGGUUCUUAUUUCCACCCAUCUUUUCCACCUGUGCCACCCCCUGCAACAUCCCACUGCCUCCCCUUCCCAGAGCUUGGAGACUCAUUCAGAAGGAGGUGAGGGGUCUUGUGCCCGAUGGCGCUGCUGCCAUUCUGGCACAGCUCCUGCAGCCCCGCCUCCCAUCAGCGGGCUCCGCGGGGUUGCAGGGCAUGUUCUCUGUCAUCUGUCCUAUUGUUUCAAUAAAACACCUCCAUUUUUCUUGUCUUGAAAGCUAUGGGGUUGCCCUUGCCUCUCCAAUGUAGGGAAGUCAACUCUCCACUGUCUCACCACUUAUUUCUUUGUCACUAAGAUCCAACUGGCUUUUUUACCCUCCAGCUACAUUUUAGGCAUCCGUCAACCACACAGGAAAAAGUCCACUUUGUUACUUGGCCCGUCUGUGUGCUUUGGGAAUAGGUCACGUGUUACAACAAUUCUGUGUUUUCUACAUCAAUUAAAUCUCUGCAAGUCCAUUUUCCACAAGGCAGCUGUGUGAAUGUGUCUCCUUUGAAGGCUUUUGCCUCCUUCCUCUUAAGAAGAAUAGAGGAAGGAAAAAUUAAUGUUCACAGAACCCCUCCUAGGUAUCUGAUCUAAGCACAACAAACCUAUGAUGUAGAGGUUUUCAGUCCAUUUCUAUGGGUGAGAAGACCAAGGCUUUCAGAGACCUUUAGGUGCCUGGGGUCCUGGAGAAAGUAGCUGAGUUCCCUACAAGUGCAAAGCCCUCCCACCCCACCCCUGCACCCCGAGAGCUCCUUGUCUCCUGCCGCCAGUCUUGGGAAGUGCUGACAUUCUCCAUCUCUUGCUUUGCCUCCCUCCCUCCUCCUCCACCUACCAGCUGGAGACUCACUGGGCCAUUUCCCAAAGGCCACUUGGCCUUGUUUUCCCCAUGCAGACAAAUGAAAGAUAAGCCCCCUGAAGUCCUAAGCUGGCAAAGUUAGGUGGGGCUUUUUUCCGCUCCACUGGUGUGAGCAGCCUACAUACAGUCUUGGAUCCGUAGCAACAACAUUGCUAGGAGAACCAACUGAGCUGGCCAUGUUUCAUAAAUUUGCAUAAGAAAACCAAUUUAAAGACAAAACAUACAAACGAACCCAGCCUCCUCUGUGUCCCAGCUGCUCUGAUGAAGGGAGGGAGGGAGGAAGGAAGCAAGCUAACAUUGAUUGAAUGCCUUCUGCGUGCUAGGUGCUUUUCAUAUGUUAUCUCAUGUAAUCCUCUUAACCUAGGAAGUUCAGAUUAUUUUAUAAAUGAGGAAAUUGAGGACCAGAGAGGUUAAAAGACUGUAGCUCAAAGUCACCCAGGAUUUGAAACCAGGUCCACAUGUCUCUGGAAGCCAAGUUCUGUUUACCAUGCUCCCUUCUGUCAGUAUCUCCUCUUCUCCUGACUCACAGAACAGUCCUGGCCAGCUUAGUCUGAAGACCUGUGUCCCAGCAAGGGAGUGGCUUCUAGCUGGGUGAGCAAAAUGCCUUUGGGCCUAGGUUUACAAAGGAACUUUUUUAGAAGACUCCAAAAUGGUCCCAUCCCUCCCCUCAUGGAUUUUAGAAUCAGCUGGGGAGUUGAGAAUCACAGACCUUUGGAGCUGAGAGAGGAGCCUUGCUGAUGGCUUGUUCAGGCCACUGAUAUUUUACAGCGGAGAAAACAGCCCAGAGAGAUGACGCGAGUUGCCUAAAGCUGCAGUUAGUGUGUGGCAGAGGCGGGACCAGAUCUGAGUCGUCCUGACCCCCAGGCUGGGGCUUCAAGAAAUAGUAUUUUUAAAAGGAU